GAGUGUGAAACCCUCUCUCCCUCCCCACGCGUUUACUUUUGAAGCCGCGCGUUUUUCUUUCCAUUAAUUAAUCAUAUAAUGUCUCCACUCCCGAACACUUGCGUAUGUGUCUUCAGGAAUUAAAGUUGCAUCUCGACUCAUACACAAAUCUUUGAUUCCACCUAGAAUUUGUCUGUUUCUUUUGGGCUUCAUAUUCUCGCCACGAUGGAACGAGGCGAUGCUGACAAGCCUCGGUCUAUGCAUUGGCUCGUCGGCAUCGAGGGGUUCGGCGACCGAGGCCUCGCUCACAAUGCGGAGAGUUUGCGGACCAUCGACAGAGUCCCUAGCAACUGGCGUGGAGUUCACAACAACGCAUUCGAUCCCGAAAUGAUAUGCAUCGGUCCCCUCAGUGAGCAAUCGGAUCGACUGUGGGUCAUGGAAAGGCACAAGCUGCGGUUUCUAAACCGCCUUCUAGGAGGGAAGUUAGAGCGGUGGAGAAGCGGCGGAGAUAUGCCGAGGACGUCCGCCGAUGGGGAGAGAGUGUCCGAUGACCGUGAACGUAAAGAAGACGAUGACGGUGGUCGGAUUGCAAAAGCCGCGCUUUUGGAUGACUUUGUGGAAGCCAUGCGGAUAUUGGAGGAGGAAACGAGUGCCUGUUAUGUGAAUAAUAUUCACGACAGACAGUUUAUGCCCUUCAGACUCUGCAACACUGAAGUGCAUAUGAUGGUCGUCGAUGGUUGCUUCGUGGUUGAACUAUUGCGCCUUUACUACGACCUUGUCCACAAUAAGAUCCCUGCGUGGGCAAUUGAGGACGAUCCGAUCCUCACCAAUCCCCAGAUUCUAACAACCCUUCGACGCGACCUUCUAUUGUUUGAGAACCAACUACCAUUCUUCGUUCUCGAGAAACUUUACGAGCUGAUCAACAAGAAGAACAACAUUGAUCAUCAACAAGCUGUGCCGCUGGAAGAACUCGCGGUCACCUUCUUCGACCCACUGUUACCCCAACGCAAUGCUGCCUCUAAGUUGGACACCGAAAAACCCAAGGCUCAUCUGCUCGAGGUUUUCCGAUCUACCUUCCUCAAAUCGGUGAGUGAGAAAGUCGCCAAGAAGGAAAAGAAUCGAGUCAAGUCGCAGUUGAAUCCCAAUGGCAGUAUGAGGGGCCUUGUCCUACACUUCGCAUCGGAUCUCCAAGAGGCGGGCAUGCAAUUCAAGAAGUGGAAGGGCCACGACUUACUGGACAUCGAGUUCAGUCAUGACACUCUACAGGUCCCUCCGUUGUCCCUCAACGACAACACUAUCUCCCUCCUUUUGAAUUUCGUUGCGUACGAACUGAGCGUCAACCACUCAGAGCCCUUGUUCACGAAUUACUUCAUGUUCUGGGACACUUUGGUCAAUAGCCCCAGGGACAUUCAGAUUCUCCACAAGCACGGGAUCAUCAAUAACUUCGGAAGUGCGGAGGACGUGGCGAAACUGUUGAUGAGGUGUAGGCAGGUCAUUUACGAUCUCGAUCUGGGCUACUUGUACGACGAAAUCAAGGAGGUGAAUGAGUAUUGCGAGCGGUACUACGAAAGCAAGUACCGCGUCUGGUGGAGAAGCCUCAUCCGGGAACGUUUCAGCAGUCCGUGGACAUGCCUCUCUCUCUUUGCUGCCAUUAUCCUCUUGCUGCUUACCCUCCUCCAGACGUUUUACACCGUGUAUGCUUACUAUCGGCCGCAUUAAGCUUUGUGCCUGUCAUUCUAUGACAUGUGUUAUUGGCUAUGGCUUUUUAGCAUUUGAUGUCCCGUAUUUGUCUGUCUUGGUUGCGUAGUGGCUUUACUUGGUAGAAAUUGUAUUGUCGCUACAUUUGAAAAUUUCAGAUUGUUGAGGUGUCAAAUUCAAUCUUAAACUUUUUGGAUCUA